AUGGCCGCCAAGUCUCUCGCCACCUGCUUGUUCUGUAAAAUCGUGAAGGGCGAAAUCCCCAGCUUCAGACUGGCAGAAACGGAGACCUCUUUCGCCUUUCUUGACAUUGGACCUCUCGCCAGAGGGCAUGCUCUCGUGAUCCCAAAAUACCAUGCUGAAAAGAUGCACGAACUGCCCGAUGAAUAUCUCGCAGAUAUCCUACCGAUCGCCAAGAAGAUAGCGAUAUCCCAAGGGACCCCGGAUUACAACAUCUUGCAGAACAAUGGCCGAAUUGCGCACCAGGUAGCCUUGUAUCUAAUUGCUGCGCAACACCUCCUAACGUCUCUGCAGGAAGUGCCUCAUGUCCACUUUCACGUCAUCCCCAAGCCUUCUACAGAAGAAGGACUGGGCAUCGGUUGGCCUACCAAGGUGAUGGAUAAAGAGGAGUUGAAGCAAGUUUUCGACGAAAUGAAAGCGAAAUUAAGCGAAACUCCUGACCCGGCGUUGUAA